AUGGAAAAUAUAUCUAAUAUUGCAUCCAACCUUGAGCUUCUUGGAAUCGUGGAGAUGGAAGGAUUGCAGUAUCUCUACAGUGCACUUUCCCUUGCUGUAUAUUUAUUUAUAACACUAUUAAGUGUCAUGAUUGUGUAUGCAAUUCUGAAGGAGGAAAGCCUCCAUAAGCCCAUGUACAUUCUCAUUUGCAACUUGGCUCUCAAUGGGAUAUUUGGAAGCAGCUUAUUUUUCCCAAAGCUAAUUGCUGAUCUCUUAACUUCAUCGAAAACGGUGUCGCGUGCUGGCUGUCUCGUCCAAGCUCUUUGUCUUCUUACUUUCAUUUAUUUUGAAAUAUCAACUUUUACAAUCAUGGCAUAUGACCAAUACUUUGCAGCGUCCUCUCCCCUUCAAUAUGUUGCUUUUAUGACCAUAGAGAAUACAGUAAAGCUCAUUUUGAGUUUGUCAGCCUUCUCUUUCAUGUCUGUAUUGAUUGGCAUAAUUCUGUCUGCCAGAGUUCCUCUUUGUGGAACACAAAUAAAGAAUAUAUUUUGUGAUAACAUGUCCAUUUUUAUACUGUCAUGUGUAGAUACUUCUGUCAAUAAUCUCUAUGGUAGCAUUGUUACUAUAACAUUCUUAAUGUUCACUAUGGGAAUAAUCGCCUUUUCAUAUAUCAAGAUAUGUAUUACAUGUGUUAAAGUGACCAACUAUUCAUAUAAAAAAGCAAUAUACACAUUAGUGACACAUUUACUUAAUUUCUCAAUAUUUAUGGUGGGUGCUCUUUUCAUUUUCGUUAGGUUUAGACUCAAUAGCAGCAAACUCCCACUUUUUGCCCACAUUCUACUCUCUGUUAGUGUUGUUAUUUUUCCUCCACUUCUCAACCCUCUAAUAUAUGGGUUAAGGACAAAUGCAUUAAAGAUUAAAAUGAUUAGUUGUCUACAGAAAAUGUGGUCUUUUGUAUGA